AUGAACAAGAAAAGUAAUGAUAUCUCGAAUAUUAUUGCCUACCCCGGAUUUAAUUCUCACGUUUAUAAAGAUUAUAUUACCACAUAUAUGCCAGCUAUAAAAAUAUUCAUUAAAAAAAAGAAAAGAUAUUCAUUAGAUUUUCUUAAAUUUUUUUUUAUAUUUUCCUUUUUAAUUUGGGUAUUACAGUGUUUUAGUAAUAGAUACUCUUUUGGAUCAUGGAAUUACAAAAAUGACUCAAAAAAUCUAUUAAAUUUAGGAGCUAAAAGAUUAUUAGCAGAAAAAGUAUAUAAAAUAGGACAAGAAAGAGAAGAAUUAAAAUUCUGUGAACAACAAUGUAAAGUAGAAACAGAAUUAGAACAAAUAAAUGGACAAAAAGAAAUAGAGGAUUAUUUAAGAGUGGAACAAGAAAGUGAAAUAGAGUCAAAGCAGGAAGACAAAGAAGUAAAAUAUAACGAAAAAACAUCAGGAAAAUAUAAUAAUAUUUCAAAAGUAUUUUCAUUAUCUUUUGCUUCUAUUUUAUCUUUUAGUUCAUUUUUAUUAUCCAUAAUAGACUCCUAUUUAAGUGAGCCAGAAAUUCAAAGAAUAUAUAUUAUAUGUAUUAAUUUAUCUAUUAUCAUAUUUUCAGUACUUUUAGCUAUUGAAGAAUUCAAAAUAAAACAUAAAGGCAAUUGA